AUGCGAUGGUCUCGACAUCAAGCAGCUCCCACCGUGGUGGGUGUCCGACUGUCUCACCCAAGAACGCCCCCCAGGUCUGCAGCCUUACAUCGAAUCGCCAAGGCCGCCGAUCACUACCAGGCGCGUUUUUCGGAGGUGGGAGAAACACUCCGACCAGAUCCAGGGCUCCAGGGACGACAUCGUGAAGUCAAGGGCGAUGACCGUUUGCGGUCGUUGGCCUCCAAAGCCACCCGUGGCUCGGUAGGGGAGCUGGUGAAGUGGGACAAGCUCAAAAAACCGCAGACGAUGUCAAAGAUCGUUUGGGCCAUGGCCAAGCUCAACCUGAAGCUGCACAAGCUCGUUUCAGAAGAGGCUUUGCAGAAGCUGCCUGAAUUUGAGCCGCAACAGCUGCUGGGCCUAAACAGAGUUGAAGUUGUGUCGACCGAGAGGCAAGACAUGGGCAUGCGUGCUGGUCCUAUGCGACUCUCCGCACAGAAGAGCCUGGAGCCUCAGAGCCCGAAGCGACGAAUGAGGCUUCCCUUGCGUCAGCUGGCCGCCUUAGAUGGGAGGAUCGCUGAGCUGGCACCUCUGGGUCGGACGAACCUGGCCUGGGCCGUGGCGAAGUUGCAGGUCCAGUCCUGGAGCAUCCAAGAGCUGGUGUGCGAGUGCCGCAACAGUGUCCCUGAGAUGAACGGGCAAAACCUGGCGAACACCAGCUGGGCCUUUGCAACUUUGCGCGAGGCAGAUGAAGACUUCUUCAAUGCAGUGGCCAAGGUGGUCAGAGCUCAAUGCCAGGAGUUUGCUCAGCAGAAUCUGAGCAAUAUGGCAUGGGCCUAUGCAAAGGUGCAAAUCAAGAGGCCUGAGAUGAUGGACGCCAUCUCUGAAUCUGUGCAACGAGUGGUGAACGACAUGCCAGCACAAGGGGUGGCCAACACGGUGGGGAUGCCAAUCUAAGUGUGGGAUGAGGAUCAGCGGGCAAACUCUGAAAUGAACACACCAUCUGGAAGGCAACGACAGACAUCCAACGCUGAUGGUUUCGGUGCUUCCGACAGCUUUCUAAACUGCACACGAUGGUCCUGCACGCGGUAUGCAGGCUUUUUUGGACAGAUAUAAGAUGGGCUAGCGGAUAGCGAGACGAGGCGCAAGC